AAACACCAAGAUGAAACCCUAGAUGAAAGAGUAAAUCUGAGUGAAAAGGGGAAAAUAUCUCUGAAACUGGAUGGGAAUCGAUGUGAGAAACGUGUUAGUACACUCUGAGGCCCCACUUUGCUAAAGAAGUGUAUAUUAGCAAACGAGGAAAUAAAGCCCAAAAGAGGGAACCACUAUCUUACGCCGAGAGAGAAUGCAAGGUACUUUUCUUGUAUAUUUAUAUUAAUGGAAAGCAACUAUAAAUCAUUGACAAAAGUCAUACCAAUAAACAAAUAAAUAAGAGAGCAGCAUAGAUAAAUAAUAUUGCGGGACUGGGAUCCGAUUAAUUCAGGCUCGUGCGUCAAAUCUCUAUAGACUAAAUUUUUGUUGCUUAAAAAAAUGAGAAGAAAUGGUCUCUUGACCGUUUCCUAAUUGUCGUAUCCUUUUUUAGAAAAAGUUUUGAAGCUCAUCAUCAACAAUGGAAGCUUUAACUCUUGUUCUUCUUCCUUUUCUCUUCCUCGUGGUUUGGAUACUCUCUACUGGAAAAUCUCUUUGUGUACGUAACUCUAUAACGCCGAAAACAUACCCGGUUAUCGGAUGCUUACUUUCCUUCUAUACGAACCGGAACCGGUUGCUGGACUGGUAUACCGAGCUCCUAACCGAAUCCCGAAGUGGGACAGUGAUCAUUAACCGCUUGGCUGCCCGGAGAACCGUGGUGACGGCCAACCCAUCCAACGUCGAGUAUAUCCUCAAGACAAACUUUGAUAACUACCCGAAAGGCAAACCCUUCACGGAGAUUCUUGGAGACUUUCUCGGCGGCGGGAUAUUUAACGUGGACGGAAAGCUCUGGGUAAAGCAGCGGAGACUCGCUACUCAUGAUUUCACCCCCAGGUCGCUGAGAGAGUACGUUGACGUUUUGAGGAACGAGGUCGAGGACGAGCUUCUGUCCUUCUUGGACGCUGCCGCCCAAGAUUAUCAACCCUUCGAUCUCCAAGAGCUUCUCCGGAGAUUCACUUUCAAUAUUGUGUGCAUUGUUUUCCUCGGGAUCGAUCGUUGCAGUUUAAACCCGUCUUCACCCGUUUCUGAGUUCGAUCGAGCGUUUCAGACUGCGGCUGCCGUUAGCGCUGGACGUGGUUCCGCACCGCUGUCUUUCGUGUGGAAGCUCAAGAGACUGGUCGGUUUUGGAUCUGAGAAAGACCUCAGACACGCUGUCCAAAAAGUUCAUAGCUGCGUCAAUGAGAUCAUUCGAGACAAGAAGAUCAAUACCAAGAGCGAUUUUCUGUCGCGGUUGAUCGUCGCGGGAGAAAGCGACGAGGCUGUGAGAGAUAUGGUAAUUAGUGUUGUAAUGGCCGGGAGGGACACGACCUCGGCGGUCACCACGCGCUUGUUUUCGUUAAUCUCCAGUCACAAGACAACCGAGUGUGAGCUAGUUAAUGAAAUCAGAUCGGUUAAGGACAUAACCGGGGGCUUCGAUUACGAAUCACUCAAGAAACUGAGUCUGUUGAAAGCGUGCUUGUGUGAAGUGAUGCGAUUGUAUCCUCCGGUGCCUUGGGAUUCCAAACACGCCCUAACCGAUGACCGUUUACCAGACGGUACCCCUGUGCGUGCGGGAGACCGGGUUACGUAUUUUCCAUAUGGGAUGGGGAGAAUGGAGGAGCUUUGGGGGAAAGAUUGGGAUGAGUUUAAACCAAACCGAUGGUUUGAGUCUUAUGAUCAUAAGACCAGAGUUUUGAAGAAAGUGAACCCUUUCAAGUUUCCGGUUUUUCAAGCCGGUCCGAGGGUUUGUCUCGGGGAAGAGAUGGCGUACCUGCAGAUGAAGUACGUUGUGGCUUCCAUGCUUCACCGUUUUCAGUUUGAACCGAUCGGUAUGGACAAACCGGUUUUUGUGCCAAUGCUCACGGCUCACAUGGCUGGUGGGAUGCGAGUCCGCGUUAGCCGGAGAGAUGGAUCUCGAUGAAGAGAACCAGAUUUGCAUUUUCUGUCAAAAUGGUUACUAACAGUCCGAAGAAAGUCAAUGAUCACUAUGGUUCUUUUGAAUGUACGUAAAAUGUUUCCAUGAUCGUAUUAUUUCCUUU